UAUGUAAUCUUCUCUCUCUAAAAAAAUGAUGGCAUGAAGAGAGAGAAAGUGCCAUAUACAAUACCCAACCUGUUUGCUGGCUGCCAUUAUAAUUCCACAUAAAACAAGCAGCCAUGGCUUAAAAAGCUUUGAUCUCUCUUUCUCUCUCUGAUAAUGGGCGCUCCAUUAGCCAUGGAGAGCUUGCAGAAACGCGCGGCCUCUAUGAAAGAGAGCUUGCAAAAGAGCCAGACCAUCACAGAGAACAUGGUCUCUAUAUUGGGUUCUUUUGAUCAUAGGCUCUCGGCCCUUGAAGCAGCGAUGCGACCAAUCCAGGUCCGUACGCAUGCUAUCAGAAAAGCCCAUGAAAACAUUGAUAAAACAUUAAAGUCAGCUGAGGUUAUAUUAGCUCAGUUUGACAUCUCUCGCCAGGUUGAGGCCAAAAUAAUGAAAGGGCCACAUGAGGACUUGGGUGGCUACCUAGAGGCCGUUGAUCAGUUAAGAAGCAAUGUUCAGUUUUUCAGCUGCAACAAAAGCUUCAAAAGCAGUGAUGGUGUCCUUAAUCAUGCCAAUGGGUUGCUUGCCAAGGCCAUGCAAAAGCUGGAAGAGGAGUUUAAACAACUCCUCUCCGCUUACAGCAAGGUUGUGGAACCUGAUCGUCUUUUUGAGUGCCUCCCAAACUCUAUGAGGCCUUCUACUGGGUCACAUGGGGACCAAGGUGAUUCAAGUGGUAAGAGUCCUGGCCAUCAACCUGACCAUCAGGUGAAAAGUACAGAAGGUGUAGUCCCCACACUUCCAACUCUUAUUCCACCAAGGAUAAUGCCAUUGCUCCAUGAUUUGGCUACUCGUAUGGUGCAAGCUGGUCAUCAACAGCAAUGCUUAAAAACAUACAGGGAUACACGUGCUUCUAUUAUGGAGCAAAGCCUUCGCAAGCUUGGUGUUGAAAAGCUUAGUAAAGAUGAUGUACAAAAGAUGCAGUGGGAGGUCUUGGAGGCUAAAAUUGGCAAUUGGAUUCACUAUAUGCGUAUUGCUGUCAAACUACUAUUUACUGGGGAGAGAAAAGUUUGUGAUCAGAUUUUUGAAGGGAUCGAUAGUCUCAGGGAUCAAUGCUUUGCUGAAGUAACUGCAAACAGUGUCACGAUGCUCCUUAGUUUUGGAGAGGCUAUUGCCAAAAGCAAGAGAUCCCCUGAAAAACUAUUUGUACUUCUUGAUAUGUAUGAAGUAAUGCAUGAACUACAGCCAGAGAUUGAAACACUUUUUGAAGGAAAGGCAUGUACUGAAAUGCGAGAAGCAGCUUUGAGUUUAACAAAGCGGCUGGCACAAACUGCUCAUGAAACUUUUGGCGAUUUUGAAGAAGCAGUUGAAAAGGAUGCUACAAAGACUGCAGUUUUGGAUGGAACUGUUCAUCCUCUUACUAGUUAUGUAAUUAACUAUGUGAAGUUCCUAUUUGACUACCAAUCUACAUUGAAGCAGCUUUUCCAGGAAAAUGAAAAUGGAGGUGGUCCAAAUUCCCAGUUGGCUACAGUAACAAUGCGAAUAAUGGCUGCUCUCCAGACUAAUUUGGAGGGGAAGUCUAAGAAUUACAAGGAUCCAGCAUUGACCCAACUUUUUCUCAUGAAUAAUAUACACUACAUGGUCAGAUCAGUUCGCAGGUCAGAAGCAAAGGAUUUGUUGGGAGAUGACUGGGUGCAAAGGCAUAGAAGAAUAGUUCAGCAGCACGCCAAUCAGUAUAAGAGAGUUGCAUGGGGCAAGAUCCUUCAGUGUCUCUCUGUGCAAGGUUUGAGUUCAUCUGGUGGUGGUAGUGGGAUGGGAAAUGAUAGUGGGAACAGCAGUGGGGUCUCGAGAGUGGCAGUGAAAGACAAGUUCAAGAAUUUCAACUUGCAAUUUGAGGAACUUCAUCAGAGACAGUCUCAAUGGACUGUUCCUGACAGCGAGUUGCGAGAAUCGCUAAGGUUGGCAGUGGCUGAAGUUUUGUUGCCUGCAUACAGAUCUUUCAUCAAACGAUUCGGGCCCUUGGUCGAGAGUGGAAAGAACCCUCAAAAGUAUAUUAGAUAUACUCCUGAGGAUCUCGAUCGGAUGCUUGGUGAGUUCUUCGAGGGCAAGACAUGGAAUGAACCUCGGCGAUAGGUGGUGGUGGAGAAUAAAAACCUGUAUGUAUAGACAUUUUUUAUAUCUAAUACUACUACUCAUCUUUUUUUCUUCUCUCUUGAGUUUUGCUGAAGUUUGUGAUUCAUUUUUCAUUGGAAAUAAAAUGUGGGACUCCAAGCCCAUUUACCCCAUAUCGUCUAAUGGUAUUCAUUGGAUUCUCUCU